AUGAAGUUCAUCUACGGCGCUCUGCUGGUGCUGGGCACAGCGAUUUUUGCCCAAGCGGGUGUGGCUCGCUCAAAUGAGGAGCCCAGCGAGGAACCCAUCCAAACCAAGUUCCAGCUCUUUAAGCAGCCCGUGCAGAUCGAGGCUCGCAAUCUGCAGGCAUUGAUGGCUUUGAAGCAGCCUGCAUGCCCGCCACCCACCACGACCGCAACCGUAAGCCCCGCUCCAACCGCGACGACCACCACCAGUGGACCCACUACACCCAGUACAACUACUGGUUCUACGACUACUACCCCUACCACCACUACCACCGCCGCUCGUAGUCCCACCCCCGCAGCCAGACUAUUGAACAACAUAAACAAUCAGCUGUUGGACGACAGUGACGACGACGAGUACGAUGAGGUGGCAGAGGAGAAGUAUCUGAGGGGUCAGGACAACGAGGACGACGAUCAGGAGGACGACGAUGAGGAGGAGGAGGACAACAGCCUCGAUCUGGUGGUGGCCGGCAAGCGGGCCCAAUCCUCAGCCGGCUUGCGUCGGCGCCCCAACCAGGCCACCGGCUCCCGCGCCAACGGUGAUCUGACUGCCGCUGAACUGAAGCAGGAGCUCGAGAUUCGCCGCCAAAAGGAUUUGAACGAUCAGCUCCGCAGGCAGCUCGAUGAUGUCCGCAACGCUGCCAGGCGUAACCGCCGACGUGCUAGCCAGAACCGUCGCCGCCAGCGCCGUCGCAACCUGCAGAGGCGUCGCCGUUUGAUCAACCGUUCCCGCAGGAACCGCGCCCGCCAGGCCCGUCGUAGCCGCAAUACCCGCCGCCGCCUGCGCCGCAACAACCAAAUUGUCCGCCAGCGCCUGCGUCGUCGUCGCCGUCGCAACUAG